AUGUCCCGAACACCCUACACGCCCCUGCCCACCUCCUCACCCAGUCCCGGCUCGCCCUCUCCUCAUUCUCCUCCCUCUCGCUACCCUCGCCCCUCCCGCCGCACGCUCUUCCUCCUCGUCUCCCUCUCACUCGCAUUCUUCCUUUUCCUCGGCGCACUAGUACACCCGGAACCGAUCAAAAGCGCGGUGCAGAAGGGUAAAGAGGCGGUUGUGAGUGCGAGUAGUGGGUGGAGCUGGGAUUGGGAUAGCGCGAGUCUGGCCGAGUGGCAGGUGCAGCCGGUGGAUGAGAAGGGCGUGGACGCGGAGCUCGAGACGAGCGAGGUAUCGACGAGUUCUGAGGAAGAAGCGGACUCGGUGACGGAGGGAAAGGAGGACGCGCCUGUCGUGCACGAGACGGCCGACGAUGAAGUGCAGUGGACGCGUGUGGGCGGAGACGAAGCAAAGUCUGAAGCAGAGGAGAACGUCGAUUGCAGCGGGGAUGUGCGGGAGCUGCUGUCGACGCCCGACUUUUGGAAGGUUGAGGAGUCGUCGCCUAUGAGCUACAGCAUCUCGCCGCGCGACUACCCACCCUUUUCGCCAGCUUGCCUCUCGCAAGCCGUCUUCUCCGCCCGCCUCGUUUCCCUCUUGCCCGACGGCUCUCCCUCACCAAUCGCCGCUCAAACCCUCCUCUCCCUCCCUGUUCCUACUCUCUCCAACUCGCUCGACGCUUACGAGUUCUCCAUCCCCUCCACACCUUCGCUUCCUCGCGGCUCCUACGCCGUCGAAGUCUUCCUCGACUUUGGCUUCUAUGUCGGUGUACUCGAGGGCAUUCCGUGCGGGGAAAACGAGCGCACGUGCAAUGGGUGGAAGAUUGCGCAGGAUGAGGGGCAGGAGUUGCGAUACGUUGGCGAGAAGAUCGAGGUCGUCUCGGGACGCGUUGUCGAGCUUGGCGGAGACUCGCCGGCGGCCGACUCGCUCCCGGUCUGCACCGAUUUGUCCUCCCUCUCCGGCUUCUGGUCCAACCUCUCCUACAUCCCCACCUCGCCCGCCUGCUCGCUCGCCACUCCCUCCCUUCCCCUUCCCUUCGUGCCAACCUCCACCUCGUCACCCCCCUCCCCGCCAAUCUGGAUCAACCUCGUCGGCGACUCCAACACGCGCAACAUGUUCAACCACCUGACCGCCUCCCUCGGCGGCGGGCACAAGAUCUUUGCUCCCAAGGUGACCGACUCGCCGACGCACAACGGGACGCACGGGACCGUCGCUUUCAGGUACCGCUCGGGCCAUCCGUCGCCGAACGAGCGCAAGGGUGUGCCGGAUGUGGUCGUGACGUGGGCUUGGUGGUACCAGAAUGCGCAUACGGUCGGCUCGGAGGCCACGACGGCGGCGGGACGACAAGCCGAGUUUGACGCGGCGCUGGACGCGAACCGCGAUGACCUCGUCAACCUCGUCGAUACGGACCUCGCCAGCUACUUGCGGUACACGAACGCGGAAUCGACGCUCUCGUUCGCGCCUGACCUCGCAGCGAUCGCUCCGACGAUUAAGCCGUACCGGACGUACCUCUCGCUCGGCUCGCACGGAGAAGACCUCUCCAUCCCCGGCGUCACCGCCUCACUCGACGCGCUCUUCUCGCCCACUUCCGGUCUCUCACGCUCUAAACGCGACGCCUCCAACCUCCGCCUCUUCACCACAACCCUCGUCAACGCACGUUACAUCCCCCUCGAUCGAUUCCCUCACCAAGACCUCCUGCGCAACAACGCUCUCAUCAGCGCCAAGAACGCGUACACUGCGUCAUCGGCGCGUGACGAAUUCCUCGAAGAGGGGAGGGUGCUUGAUGUCGAGCAGCUGACGAGGGGAAUCGUGGACAGCGACGAGUGGAUGAAGACGAGUCAUGGGAAGCCGGAUGCGGUGCAUUUCCGUGGCGAGGUGUACGACGAGUGGGUCAGACUCGUCUGGACGGAUUUGAUGAAGGGUGCGGAUGGAGCGGCGACGGGCGAGACGGUCGGGGCGGACGAGGCGAGGCGGAGAUGGAAGCGGAGGGUGAGCGAGUGGGAGGACGAACCGGAGGAGGAAGAGGUGGACGAGCCGGCUUAUGGCUUCUAG